AUGUCGCUCACCUUCAAGUUGACUGACUGUCCACCACAACCGUCCGCCUCUGUGGAAGAACUAAACAACACCUUGGUCAAAAUGCGCAAGGUGGUCAAGGUUGCAAAGGUUUACGCCUUCCGUGAUUUGACGCGAUACAUAAAGAAAAUGCGCAUGAAGCUUACCAAAUCUCCAGAAAGUCAGCGCCUCCAACACAAGCUAGAAAAUCGCACUGCAGAACUGCAAACCUUGAAUCAACUAUCUGUCAUUCGAUUGUGUAAGCUGCUGCUUGCCAACGAAAAUACCGCAAACGAGAAUGGUCACAAAAUGAGCGCACAGGAUCGCCUCGUUGUGCGUGUGGCGACUACGAAACCCGUCACCACUUUUGUGCAGUCUUUUCGCGAGACUCAUCCGGACUGGCGAAGCUUGGUACACUACAUGUUGUACAAGAAUAUUUCAGGUAAAUGGAAGUCGCGUGAGCAGAAGAGGCGCAAUCGCAAGGUGCGUGGCUCGUUACCCCUACCUCCGAGUGGAGACCACAUUUCUUUGCAAGAUGAAGAUGAUGUCGACACGAGGUAUGUUCCAACAACGUCCUAUCGUGUCCUACCACACAGCACUCCUCCGUCCCAAGAAAAACAGCCAAACUUUGAACCGCCCAAACUCGAUGACUCCGGACUCGACAGUGAUGCCGUGUCGGACGUUGCAGAUGAAGUCAUUUGUCGUUUGGUUGCUCGACGUCGCCAAACACCUGCCCUACCUGUUGCCGUCGUUCCCCAUAAUAAUUCCGCUCCUGUCCCUUCUUCACCUACGGCAAAAACAAAAAACGACUCUGGACUGUCUGAUACCUGUACCUCUCACAAAAUUCCAAGACCCAGGGAAACGAAACCAGAAGUACCUAAUAAGCAAACGUCGAUGGAGCCUCACAAACCAGUGCGGAAGCGAGCUGCACCUUCGGUUUCCGAGAUACCUGAUAGUUCGCAUAAUGAUGGCGACAGUGAUGAUGAAAAUCCCCUUGGUUCGGACGAUGUCCUACUGCGACAACGCUUACCCAGAAAACAGCAACAACGAUCGGACCGGUCUGCGCCGGCAAACCGACGGAAAGCCCCCUUUGUUAAACCACCAUUCACCAAAGGAUCUUCUGUUCGAUUUCGGGAUGCUAGCAGAGCAAUGAACAUUCGACACACGGAGAAGCACAACGAAUCGAAAAUGCUGCAUCCUUCCUGGCAAGCAAAACGAGAAGAAAAAGUGAAGGCCCAAAUAGUCGCCAACCCAGUUGCUGCCGCGAAACGUAUUGUGUUUGACGACUAA